UGUUACAUUUCUAUGUAUAUUCCACCAUUUUCUUUUAAACACAACUGGAAGAAAGAUUGAGCUGAUUCAUACUUCUGAAUCUGUUGCAGAAAACAAAAAAAAAGAGGUUCUUCUCCUAAAUUUUGCUCUAUAAGUAAUUUACACCUUCAUUUUUGUUAUUAUUUUGAUUUCACUCAUUGUGUUGGAUCAUAAAUUUCAGCAAUUUAAGUAGGGUUUUCAUAAAGAAGUUAAUUGUAUCUUACAUGGCGGAAGACUGGGACAUAUCAGAUUCUUCAGACGAUGUAUAUGAAGAAGAAACCGAUGAUGAGAUUGAGUACAUACCAGUUUUUGUAGAUGAUGAAGAUCAAAAUGGUUACGGUUCUGAUACGUCCGCUGCUCAAGCAAGAACCGGGAAAGAUAUUCAGGGCAUUCCGUGGAGGGGAAUGCGUUUAACGAGGGAACAAUAUCGACAUGGAAGGCUCGCCCAGUAUGAAAACUAUGAAGACGUUCCCUUAUCUGGUGAAACUGCUGAUAAGAAAUACAAACAAACAUCGAAGGGUGGUAACUACUAUGAGUUCUUUCAUAAUUCUAGAUCAGUGAAGCCUACGUUCGAUCAUUUUCAGUUAAGGAACAUGGUAUGGGCUACCUCGAAGCAUGAUGUGUAUGUCGUGUCUGACGAUUCAAUCAUGCACUGGUCAUCACUGUCACAAAACAUAACCGAAAUUCUUGAUUUCUCCGGGCACGUAGCACCUACUGAGAAACAUGAAGGAAGCUGGUUGGAAGGAUUUACGCAAACUCGUAUUAGUACGUUAGCAGUCAAAGAUAAUUUUCUUGUUGCCGGAGGUUCGGAUGGAGAGCUUGUGUGUAAGAAAUUAGAUCAAGAAGGUGUUAGCUUUUGUACAAGAAUAAUUUAUGAAGACAUUGCCCUAACAACUGCUAUUGAGAUAUACGACGCCAUGAGUGGUGGAAAGCAUUUUAUGACGUCAAACAACGAUUGUGGUGUGAGGGUAUACGAUAUGGACGGAUUUCAGCUCGUGAAUCAUUUCCAUUUUCCCUGGCCGGUGAACCAUACAUCCUUGAGCCCAGAUCGCAAACUCGUAGCAGUAGUCGGUGAUCAUCUUGAUGGAUUGCUUGUAGACUCUUCAAGUGGAAAGAGGGCUGCUACAUUGGAAGGCCACCUGGACUACUCAUUUGCAUCCGCAUGGCACCCAGAUGGCCGAAUCUUUGCAACAGGCAAUCAAGACAAGACUUGUAGGCUAUGGGAUAUAAGAAAUCUUGCAACCCCAGUCUCGGUUCUUAAAGGCAACAUGGCCGCGAUUCGAUCAGUUCAUUUUUCAUCAGACAGGCAGUUUUUGGUGGCUGCUGAAGCUGUAGAUUUUGUUCAUGUCUACAACGCCAAGUUAAACUAUGAAAAACGACAAGAAAUUGAUUUCUUUGGGGAAGUAUCCGGUGUUUCUCUUAGUCCCGACGAUGAAACGCUUUACAUUGGAGUGUGGGACCCGUCGUAUUCCAGCUUGCUACAAUUCAACAAACGACAUUGGUAUGGGUAUCUUGAUUCGUUUGUCUAAUAAAGUAAGUCAAGUUGUUUGUUUCUGUUUGUUGGAAGAGACCAAUUAUCAUAUAAGACUUCCAUGAAAGAAAGUGUGUACCGAAAAUCUUUGAAGUUUAGAAAGGCUUGUUGAUUGUUAAA